GGUUUCGCAGACGGAUUUCUUUUUUCUCUAUCUUUAGGAUUUUCAAAAGGUCGCGUUAUCAGUCUUGUUAUUUCUUUUUUUUUACUGUCAAAGCGAAUUCGUAUUCGCUAUUUGAUUAAGUACUAUGAGCAUGUUCCGCAUAAUACGGCCUAGUUUCGCGCGGUUGCUAUGGUGAACACAUGACGCUUCGUCACCGGAACAACAUGUAGUGUGCGUUUUGUGUACGCUGAACUCGUUAACAUGCGUCAAUUUUUGCUUUACAAAUGUAUUAAAGUUAUUCAUUACCUUCAAGAAUUUGCAGCUUUUUCGACGAUAUAACCAGCGCAUUUGCAUUAACAGCAGCAACACUUAGUAUUUACCAAUAAUGGCUUUUUAUGAGGCUUACUCGCACCCCGCUUUAAUAAGAUACAAAACGCGCAUUUGCACGAGAGCAACGCUGUUUGUGAUCGUGGUUUUAUGCCUCACGUACAUUUCACCUCUGCUCGUGGCUUACAGAAGUCAAGGGUUCUGGCUGAAGAAAAGCUGGUAUGAAGAGCAGCCACUCGUUCAAUUCCAGUAUGAUAUGAUCUUGAUAGGAGCAACAAACACAGCUGGGAAUUACGUGGCAUGGAGUACAUUUCCAAACUUUAAUCGAUUAGUUGGAGAUAACUUGCGCAUCCCAUUCGUCUCGGUCCAGGAGGAGGACAGAAACCAGGAUGGCAAAUCAGAUCUUCUUAACCUCCAGAUCAACAUCCCACUUAAAGCAGAAGAGCAGAUGUUUAGCGUCCAGCUCCUCCUCACGUUCUCUUAUCAGCUAUUUAGGAUGUCUACUGUUGCGAUGCAGACGCUUGCGUUUCUCCAGCAUUCUUCAUCUGUGCCAGGUUCUCAGCUGUUCAUCAGUGCAGAUCUAAAGCUUCAUCAGCGAACUCCUCUUCCUCACAGAGGGUUACAUGCUGCCUACAAUGUAUCGGUGAUCGAUGCAUCCAGUCCAUUAGCAAGUACAUACGACCUGGCCAACAUUAUCGGACUCUAUCAACAGAGAAACUUGACUACUCAUCUCUCCAGUGCCAUUCCAGUAUGGAUGGUUGGCAGAGCUGCAAAUACUCCAUUUCAGAUCAAUGCUAACAUCAACUAUCCAGUAGAAACCAUUACUUAUCGUCCGGGCUUUUGGGAAACGGUGAAGUUUGCUUGGAUUCAAUAUGUCAGUGUACUGCUCAUCUUUCUGUGGAUUUUCCAGCACAUUCAAACGUUUGUUUUUCAGAACCAAGUCUUGCCAACUAUUGUAGUGCCUCCGUUUAAGCAGCACAGAGUUUGACCUGACCAGUGUUGUUCAGGGUUUUUUAUUGUACUUUUUAGUAAAAUAACUAAGUGAAUUAGUUUUGUUCUGUAAUUUUACCAUACAUGUACAUGCAAGGUUUAUUAUUUGAAGUAGAUUCAUAUUAAAGAAAGGGUGCUUGUUAAA